AUGGUUUCUCAAGAUUUCUCUAAGAACUUGUUUCCUUUGGCCCUUGUGCUGCUGCUGCUGCUGUUUAGCUCGGCAGAAGCGCAUGUGACAUAUGGGUUCUACAAUGAUACAUGUCCCCAUGCAGAAGCCAUAGUUAUCCGGGAAAUGGCGAAGGUCAUGGCAAAAUCCCCAAGACUCGCUGGCCCUUUGUUACGGAUGCACUUCGUUGACUGUUUUGUUGCGGGUUGCGAAGCUUCUAUUCUGCUGAAUUCUACUGAAAAAUAUGUGGCCGAGAAGGAUGCACCCCUCAAUAUAGGCCUUCGUGGUUUUGAUGUCAUUGAUGCUAUCAAGGUUAAGCUGGAGAAAACUUGUCCGGGUAUCGUCUCCUGCGCGGACAUCAUUGCUAUGGUAGCCAGAGACUCGGUGUUCUUGAGCCAAGGACCAUACUAUGAAAUACCGUUGGGCCGGAGAGAUGGAAACAGAUCUCUAGCCUCAGACACCUUGGGGAACCUGCCGCCACCAGACUCAAACAUCACUCUUUUGAAAGCUUUCUUCACCAAAAGAAAUAUGACCGUCAAGGAUAUGGUUGUUCUUUCGGGGUCGCACACCAUUGGGAUUUCGCAUUGCUUGUCCUUCUCGGACCGCCUCUACAACUUCACGGGAAAGGGCGAUAUGGACCCGACGCUGGACAAGAAGUACGCAACCAUGUUGAAGAGCUUAUGCAAGCCUCAUGACUUGAUGAGUGCUGUGGAUAUGGAUCCUGGGAGCUCUGGGAGAUUCGACUUGCGCUACUACAAGCUUGUUUCCAAAAGGAAGGGGCUUUUCGUGUCCGACGCGGCCCUCCUUCAUGACAGCGAGACCAAAGCAUACGUCGAACGCCAGGCCAAAGCGAAGACCGCAGAGGAGUUCUUCCAUGAUUUCGCUGUGUCCAUGAUUAACAUGGGAAAAAUUGGAGUUCUCACCCAUCAGAAAGGUGUGAUUAGGAAGAACUGUGCUUUCGUUAAUUAGGCCGCCUGGGUUGCAAAAUGUUUCAGGUUUACGGAACUGAACUUGUUUUAAUAAUACUGGAAAUUAAUCCACUCCAUGGAUUCCAAGGUUAU